AUGGAUCCCUCAACUCGUCAAGAGCGACUGCGAAUGCGCCAGCGCGGAGCUGGAACGCGUCAAAUUAAUGCUGUCGACUUCGGGAUAUCCUUCGAUCCCACUCCAGGACGAUCAGCGCGAAAUAUACCACAGCCUGCCUCUCAGAGGCGUCAAUCGAGAACACCCCUGACUGCGAGGGGUGCACUGAGAAGGCCUUCGAGAACACCAUCAAAAGGACCAGACCCAGCGAAUAAUGCAAGUUCCUUGGGCCAAAACUCUGUCCAGACAUCAGCGCAAUUGCGACCGGAUAUAUACGAUGGACCACUGGAAGAGUCAGAGACGGGGUCACGAAAGAGGAGGAGGUUGUCCAUGGAGCAGGAUAAUGCACAGCUGAUUACACCAGCAACAUCGCAUGCUUCAACCUCGAAUCUUUCUGUGAAUCGGUCUACGUCACGUAGACCAUCGUCUACCCUUCCGAUUGAGAUCGCAGAGGUGGCAGAGCAGUCACAGCACGAAGCGAGUGGUAAAAGUCCAGGAGCAACGGCUGGAGGCAGCCCCGGAGCAAACAAGGAGAAUACAGUCCCUGGGAAUCGUCCCGAAAAGACUCCACGGUCGGUUCUGUCGAGGAAGAUAUCGAGGACAGGAGUAUCUAGUAUCAGAAGCCAGCAGAGCCGUGCCUCAAGAAGCUCGAGUCGUCAAUCUGAUGACGUUUCGCUGUUGUCGGAUGCAGGAGAUGUGGGUUCUGGGGAUGAGGUUUUGGUCGCGGUGCUGGAGGAUAGCGACGACGAGUCUCUAGAUGAAAAUACAGAAGGCAUGUCAUUGAUGACUGCGCAAGGGGAAUUACCAGACACAACCAUGGAGUUGGUGGCAGUCCUGGACGACACCACGUUCAAUGAAGACGGAAUGGAACACCGCGACGUGAUCGACCCAACUCUUCUUACUGAAGGUCAAGCAGAGACGCCGGCUUCUCGGUUGGCCAAUAUCAAGAAAAAGCGGAGUUCGAUUAAGACCCCAAGACAACAAUCAGGGGCACCAAGAGUCUCCCCCGAUACAUUACAGCCAUCAAGCGAUACCUCCGUACAGCAAGCGCAAUCCGACCUUCCGAGUCCGCACCAAGCACAGUCAACACCACACGCCCAUCCCGCCUCCGACGACAGCUUCUACCAAGCCAACCACGAAGACGACGACGAAACCUACCUGCAACCCACCUCACCAGCAAUUCCAACACCAAAGACCGUAGCCAAAAAGCCUGCAAGGAAAAGGAAAGCCGUCACAAACCGCCGCCGCUCCUCCGCUUCCUCCUCAAAAUCCAGCCGGCGCAAGAAAAAAUCCACCGCCUUCCCCAUCCUCACCCACCGCCUGACCAACACCUCCGCUCUCCCAACCAUCACCGAAGAACCCGAUGCCGAACACGAAGCCGAAAACUCCGACACCGGACCGGGCCAACAGCAACAGAAAUCCACCAAAUUUCCCGACCGUCCAACCCCCAACUGCGUAGACGUGCUCGCCCAAUUCUGCCGCGAAGACAUCGAAGCCGCUACCGACAACAUCCGCAGCGGCAGCACCGCCACCAAAAACACAACAGCAGAAGGCCCCAGCAACACCACCAGCCGCGCAACCCACAAACGCAAGCGCACUGCCCUCCAAGCCUUCGCCUCGGAACUCGAAACGCGCCUCUUCACCCUCUCGACUGCAGUCGAGCACCGUCUCUCCCUGGAAGCACGGCUCAAACAGUCCGCGCGGGAGAAGAGCGAGAUGCAGGCUCGAUGGGUGGAGGUGCGGCGGGAGAGGGAAAGGGUUGCGGUGAGGAUGGAUGAGGUGAGGAGGCGGAAGGAGGAGAGGGGAAGAGAGCUGAACGGGGUCAGGGAGCUGAGCGAGAUGCUGUUUCGGACGGAAUUGGAGGUUGAGAGGGGACAGCGGCAGCAGCAGGAGGUGGGGGAUGAGGGCUUGGAGUGGAAAUUGCGGACGGUGGCGGAAGGGGUUAGUGGGAGGGUGGGUGGCGGUUUGCUCGAGAGGGUCAGGGAGUUUAACGGCGUGUUGGAGAGGUUGGUUGGCGUGUUGGAUCAGAGAGGGACUUCAUGA